CAAAAUAUAGACACGGAAAGCCAAGGGAGGACAAGGGAGGGAAUUAAGUGAAAUGUAGUCUUUUUGGGGGAUAAAAAUACAAGCAGGUGGUUUUGAAUUUCAGGAUCGUUUUCCUUCACCUUCCUGCACAAAAUACUCUUUCUUCUCCACGACGUUGGACAAUUGUAAGCCAUGAAGCCCCUCCUCUCUUCCUGCUGACGGAGAGGGAGAAAGCAGCAGAGAUUCAGUCUGACAGCAAACACAGAGGGGGACACAUCUCCAGAGAAUAGACGGGCACAAAGGAUCGGAAUAAAUACAAGAAACAAGGAUACAAAUCAUCAUUGUGUGGACUGCAUCAACAGGAGUAAGGAGAGAGGAUUUUCUCCUUGUGUUUGUGAGUUUUUAUUCACUUUAAAGUGGAUUACCUCCUCUGGAUAACACUAUGGAAGAACAAGAUAUGAGCACUUCUUCCACCUCUGAGUAAUAACAAUCAUCAUGGUGGAGCCGGUGGGGUUUGUGGCUGCAUGGAAAGCCCAGUUCCCUGAGUCUGACCCCCCCUGCAUGGAUCUGAACUCAAUGGGGAACAUUGAGCAAGAGCUGGACAAAUGUAAGACGUCCAUCAGACACCUGGAGAAGGAGGUGAACAAGGAGCGCUUCCGCAUGAUCUACCUGCAGACUCUGCUGGCCAAAGAGAGGAAGUCCUACGACGGGCAGCGGUGGGGAUUCAAAAACUCAGCUCAGAUGAACGAUGGAGAUCAGCACACAGACACAGAUGAGAGUAAAGUACAUCUGGAGGUGGACGGAGCGUCUCCGAGCAAACAGAAAGACGGCGGCUCAGAGCUUCCCGAUCAUCCACCAUGCACCGGCUCCGUGGCUGCUCUGAGGUCCAACUUCGAGCGCAUCAGGAGGGCCAACUCCCACUCUGCGGGAGACGGCAGAGGCCUGUCGGUGAUGGAGAAGCCCUUCUACGUGAACAUGGAGUACCAUCACGAGCGCGGCUUGGUCAAAGUCAACGACAGGGAGGUUUCAGACAAGAUCAGCACCCUGGGGAGUCAGGCCAUGCAGAUGGAGAGGAAACGGUCCCUGCAUUCGCUCCCUGGGAACCUGUCUGCAGCAUCGGGGGACAUCGGUAAGGCGCAGAGAGGGAGAUCCACAGAGGGAUUCAACGGGUCGUACGAGGAGGCCGAGGUCCGCUCCACAGGGGGGAGAUCAGAGUGCCCGCCCUACACCAGUGUGUACGUCGGGGGGAUGAUGGGGGAGGGGGAACCCAAAGUGAUCCACAUCCGGGAUCACAGCGAGGAGGAGGAGGCUCACCUCACCUGGCCGAGGAGGUCCUACUCUCCGGGCAGCUUCGACGACGUAGGAGGCGGAGGCUACACGCCGGACUGCAGCUCCAACGAGAAUCUGACCUCCAGCGAGGAGGACUUCUCGUCGGGUCAGUCCAGCCACGUGUCGCCCAGCCCCACCACAUUCCCCCUGUACCGGGAGAAGAGCCGCUCCCCCUCCCAGCACUCCCAGCAUUCCCAGCAGUCCUUCGACAGCAGCAGCCCCCCCACGCCGCUGGCUCAGAAGCGCCUGAAGCAGCAGGUGGUCGUGUCCGAGGCCGCCAUCAUCGGGGUCCGCAAAACGGGGCAGAUCUGGCCCGGAGACGGGGACUCCCCCACCUCCAGCAGGAACUCUCAGGACCACAGCGGGCAGGAUCUGGAGGCUCCGUACAGCGAGACCCCCCCCUCGUACGGAUAUGAUCUGGAGCGUCGCAGCGACCCCCCCUCGCUCCCCGGCUCUCCCCCUUCCUCGCCUCGCCUCCGAUCCAAGAGCAGAAGCAGCCGAGAUACCCAGUCCUCCGGGUCCCUGGAGUCCGCGCUGUCGGUGGAGUUGGAUCAGGAGAAAGGGCUGGAGAUGAGAAAGUGGGUUCUGUCAGGAAUCCUGGCCAGUGAGGAGACCUAUCUCGGCCACCUGGAGGCCCUACUGAUACCCAUGAAGCCUCUGAGAGCCGCAGCCACGACUUCCCAGCCGAUGCUGACCAUCCAGCAGAUAGAGACCAUCUUCUUCAAAGUGCCCGAGCUUCAUGAGAUCCACAAAGACUUCUUCGAUGCGCUGCUGCCCCGAGUCCAGGAGUGGAGCCACCAGCAGUGCGUGGGCGACCUCUUUCAGAAACUGGCGAGUCAGCUGGGAGUGUACCGGGCCUUCGUGGAUAACUAUAAGGUCGCUGUGGAGACGGCGGACAAGUGCUGCCAGGCAAACGCUCAGUUUGCUGAGAUAUCUGAGAACCUCAAGGUCAAAAGCACAAAGGAAUGCAAGGAACAGGCGGCUAAAAAUUCACUGGAAACUCUUCUCUACAAACCUGUGGACAGAGUGACUCGCAGCACGCUCGUUCUGCAUGACCUCCUGAAGCACACACCCUCCAGCCACCCGGACUACACUCUGCUGCAGGACGCUCUGCGCAUCUCUCAGAACUUCCUGUCCAGCAUUAACGAAGAGAUCACCCCGAGGAGACAGUCCAUGACCGUUCAGAAGGGAGAGCACCGGCAACUGCUGAGGGAUCGCUUCAUGGUGGAGCUGGUCGAGGGAUCCAGGAAACUGCGUCACGUCUUCCUGUUCACCGACCUGCUGCUUUGCACCAAGCUGAAGAAACAGGCCGCCGGCAAAGGGCAGCAGUACGACUGUAAGUGGUUCAUCCCGCUGGCCGACCUCACCUUCCAGACCAUCGAGGACUGCGAGUCCACGCCCGUCCCGCUGCUGCCAGAGGAGGAGAUCGACACCAUGAAGAUCAAAAUCUCACAGAUCAAGAACGACAUCCAGAGAGAGAAGAGAACCACCAAAGGAGUGAAGGUGAUUGAGCGCCUGAGGAAGAAGUUAUCAGAGCAGGAGUCGCUGCUGCUCCUCAUGUCGCCCACCAUGGCCUUCAGAGUGGCCAGCAGGAACGGAAAGGGUUUCAUGUUUCUCAUCUCCUCGGACUACGAGCGAGCCGAGUGGAGGGAGAUCAUCCGAGAGCAGCAGAAGAAGUGCUUUAAGAGCUUCUCCCUGACCUCUCUGGAGCUGCAGAUGCUCACCAACUCGUGUGUGAAGCUCCAGACUGUGCACUCCAUCCCAAUGACCAUGAAUAAAGAAGACGAUGAGUCUUCGGGUCUGUAUGGCUUCCUGAACGUCAUCGUGCACUCUGCAUCCGGGCUGAAACAGAGCUUAAACCUGUACUGCUCUCUGGAGGUGGAUUCAUUCGGAUACUUUGUCAACAAAGCCAAAACCCGCGUCUACAGAGACUCGACUGAGCCCAACUGGAACGAGGAGUUUGAGAUAGAGCUGGAGGGCUCUCAGACCGUGCGGCUGCUCUGCUACGAGAAGUGCUGCAACAAGAGCCGGCAGAGCAAAGAGGAGGCGGAGAUCACAGACAGGAUCAUCGCCAAAGGACAGAUAAAGCUGGAUCCUCAGACGUUGCAGAAUAAAGACUGGCAGAGGGCGGUCAUCGGCAUGAAUGGGGUGGAGGUGAAGCUGUCGAUGAAGUUCACCAGCAGAGAGUUCAGUCUGAAGAGAAUGCCUUCAAGGAAACAGUCCGGCGUCUUCGGCGUGAAGAUCAACGUAGUUACUAAGCGAGAGCGCUCGAAGGUUCCCCUCAUCGUGAGGCAGUGUGUGGAGGAGAUUGAGCGGCGAGGGAUGGACGAGGUGGGAAUCUACCGAGUGUCCGGCGUCGCAACGGACAUCCAGGCCCUGAAGGCGGCCUUUGACUCCAACAACAGAGACGUGUCUCUCAUGAUGAGGGAGAUGGAUGUGAACGCCAUCGCUGGAACUCUGAAGCUGUACUUCAGAGAGCUGCCGGAGCCGCUGUUCACCGACGAGAUGUACCCUAACUUCGCUGGAGGCAUCGCGCUGUCUGACAGGGAGGCGAAGGAGAGCUGCAUGAUGAACCUGCUGCUGUCUCUGCCUGAGACCAACCUGGUGACCUUCAUGUUCCUGCUCGACCACCUCAAACGAGUGACUGAGAACGAGAGCGUCAACAAGAUGUCUUUACACAACCUGGCCACCGUGUUCGGCCCGACUCUGCUGCGGCCGUCAGAGAAAGACAGCAAACUCUCCAACAGCUCGCAGCCCAUCUCCAUGAAUGACAGCUGGUCUCUGGAGGUCAUGUCUCAGGUUCAAGUCCUCCUCUACUUCCUUCAGCUGGAGGGCAUCCCAACCCCCGACAGCAAGCGUCAAAGCCUCCGCUUCACCACUGAAGUAUAACGGGAACAUGGUGCACUGGUUACUCUGUGCACAGGCUGAACAUCUGUGGAUUAAUGAGGCUGCUGUUUCACUGUGAGGAUGCGUCAUGUGGCCACUAGGUGGACCCAGCAACACAUACAACUGGAAACAGCCACAAUCACCGCAGCCUGCUGUCAGAGAAAGAUAUACGGACAAAAUAUAUCAUCCCUUUUUUAAUUUAAGAGUAUUUACUGUACGUUUCCAAUGUGCACAUUAGCUCCAUAUUCACAGAGGAGGGAUUUCUGCUGUAUUAAGAUUUAUUUCUGAUAUAUAUAAAGCUCACCUGUGCCAAUGUGUCCCCUGCUGAUGACCAAUACAACAUUUCCCUUAAUGUUUACCUUCAUUUUGUACAGAUUUUUUAAAGUAUGAGACUGAAAACUGUAGUUAACACACAGCAACGUGCAGGCAUGUUGACCUUACCUUUAAAAGUGUGCAGGUCUACAAUUUGUAUAGUGACCUUAUUCAGUUUGCAGCUUCUACUGGGGGUGUUGUAUGUCGAUAUGAGGGCUUUAUAUGGACUGGUACAGAGAAGAAAUAAGGCAAAUCAUUCCAGGACAUUUCACUUUUUUCAUUCUGUAUUUUGAAUAUGUUGUUCCAUGUUUGUUGUCUGAUUUUUAAAGGGGCCCUGUUAUGCCUUUUCUUUAGGAUUUCCCUUUCCUGUAGUGUGUUAUAUAGGUUCAUGUGCAUGUAGAUGGUCUGCAAAGGCUCGAUCAAAUUCCACACCAUCACCCCUGCCUGAAACGCCUCCAUUGGACUCCUUUGUUUACUUCUGGAACAUAGUUACAUCACUAUGGAACACUUGCGCUUCUACUGGCUAGCGCUCCAACACAUUGUGUGCGAUAGUCUAAGAGGCGGGACAUCUCUAAGUUGUUCACCAAUCACAACAGAGCCGGUCAGCUAACCAAUCAGAGCAGACUGCGCUCUGGUUUCAGACAGAGGGUGAAAAGAGGAGCUGCAGCACAGGCAGUCUGAGUAAAAUAAAGAGCUUUCUGAACAUUAAAGCAUGGAGACAUGUCCCAGGAGAGACACUACAUACUGAUAUACACCUGAAAGUGAGCAUUAUAGGGCCCCUUUAAUUAAUUCUGUAUAUGUGUUGCUUCCUGCUGCAUUCCUUCUCUGUAGUCCAACUUCAAAAGCACAAAAUCACACUGCUGUAGAAAUAAAAUCACCUGUAUUUGAAAUACCAAAUGUUCCUCUUAGGACCUUAUUAAAGCACAGUUAUUCACUCGUAUACAAGUCUCCUGGCAUAUGUUUAUCAUCCACAUAGUGUUACUUAAAAUACACUGUUCUUGCAUUAAUAUUGUUUUUUUUUCCAAAUCACUAAAAGUAUUGAAACACUUGUUGGCACAAUCUUUAUCCCUAAAGGCUUAUGUAAAAUAAAAAGCAUAACUGUUAGUGAUUCUUAGGAUGACACUUCUUGUAUGUAUGAUUCCUGUAAAUAAAAACUUGGUAACAUUA